AUGGCCAGUAAACGGAAAGCGAUUAGUGUUGACGAAAAAAUUUGUGUGAUACGUGCGAUUGAAAAGGGAGAAAAGAAAAGUGACGUUGGAAGGCGUUUUGAACUAAGUCAAUCCACUGUUGCUACCAUUUGGAAAAACCAAAUAACAAUUCAACAGGCGGCGCUGGAAGGAAACUUGUCUAAAAAAUUAAGAAAGCCAAAAUUCGAAGACUUAGAUCAGGCAAUGUUGUCGUGGUUUAACAAUCAGCGCCAGAAUAAUGUACCCAUCUCGGGGCCAAUUGUAAAAGCUAAGGCUGAAAAGUUUGCCAACCAACUUGGCAUAAUUGACUUUAAAGCAUCUGAAGAAGACAUUUUUAAUGCAGAUGAAACUGGCCUUUUUUUCAAGUUGACUCCCGACAAAACUUUAAAAUUCAAAGGGGAAAAAUGUGUUGGAGGAAAACUGUCUAAAGAGCGCAUUACAGUUCUAGUGGCUGCCAAUAUGAGUGGCACAGAAAAAAGAAAGCUUUUAGUUAUAGGCAAAUCGAAAAACCCUCGGUGUUUCAAGAACAUAAAACAGUUGCCAGUUACGUACAAAGCAAACAAGUCAGCUUGGAUGACAUCGCAGAUUUUUGAAGAGGAAGUGAGAAAAUGGGAUGCUGAAUUAAAAUCACGGAAAAUCUUGCUUCUAGUAGACAAUUGUCCUGCUCACCCAAUCAUAUCUAAUCUUCGAAACAUAGAGUUAGCAUUUUUCCCAGCUAAUGCAACCAGUAUUUUACAACCAAUGGAUCAGAGUGUAAUUAAAUCCCUAAAGGGCCACUAUAGACGGAAAAUGUUGAUGGAUAUGAUAGAAACUGACGGCAAGGUCUCGAUCAACAUGCUACAAGCAGUGAACUUCAUAUCAAAAGCCUGGCAAGAGGUAACAGCGGCCACUAUCCAACAUUCUUUUCGACAUGCUGGAUUAUGUAGUAGCCAAGAAACGAACCAAUUUAACAGUGAAGACAAUCUACCACUGAGUGAAUGGAUAAGCCAGUUCAACGUACCAAACAAUUUUAACGAAGAUCUACAAUCGUACGAAAAUAUAGAUGAGGAUGUAGCCACAACUGGUACACUUACAGAUGAACAAAUUGUUGAUUUAGUGUCAAAAAGUCAGGAAACACCCGAUAAUCAAGAUGAAGAAGACGAUCAAGUGGACAAAGCCGAAUCACCACCAACAAUUCAACAAGCCCUAGAUGCCGCUAAGUUGGUGAAGUCGCUCCAGAUGCUUGCGAUCUCCAAAAUCGGCUGCGAUGUAGGUACUCGUAUUUGGACAUACACGCCGUCGCUUGCGAUAUCCCUCGCGGCGGAUUGCCGCGUGCAUGGACGCCUUAAUCAGGUGCUGUAG